CUGAAAGAGGUGCGUCGGGAGGUGGAGCUGUCGCGAAGGCGCAGCAUGAAGCUCAAGGCCCAAGUAGACAAACUGCAGGAGAGCCGACACGGACCCAAAUGGAGUCAAGACCAAGAGCGGGUAAGAGGAGGUGCUGUCCAUCUUGCGGCUGAUGCAGCAGAUGGCGACGGACUCGGGGUCCCGCCUCCCUGAGCCGCUUCCCUCCGGCGAAAACCGCUUGGACACCGCCCUGGCCCAGCUGAAGGACAUUGCCCGCAAAAUGGCCGUCAGCGGGAUCGCUAAAAAGGAUGCCAAGUCGACGGGAGGAAGCGGCUCGGCGGACAGCGCCCUGCUGCAACAGGCGCUGAGAGAUCGAGACGACGCUAUGGAGAAGAAGAAAGCCAUGGAGGCGGAGCUUCUGCGCAGUAAGUCGGAGAUGAUGCUGCUCAACAACCAGCUACUGGAGGCUGCGCAGAAACGCUUGGAGCUCUCACUGGAGGUGGAGGCCUGGAAGGACGAUGUGCAGCUGCUGCUGCACCAGCAAUUGCUGCUACAGCAGCAGGUGGAUCAGAACCAGAAGAAGCCCUCACGUAUGGGCAUCCUGAGGAGGAACAAGCCGCCAGUGCAGCGGCCUGCCAACUUCCCGGUGGCGCCCGCACCCGCCUCACCCGCCUCGCCCGUCUCACCCACGCACAACUCCACCCAGAACUUCUUCAGCCGCCCUCAGCUGUCGCCCACCUCGCCCGCCCAGGCCACCUCCGGUUGGAAGAAGUGGAAUAAAAGCAACGGGGGGCGACCCUCAGUGGAGGCGCCCCAGCGCAGGGAAGACGACGGCUUCCAGGUGGUCUCGCUCGACUGACGCGCAAAGAAAAACACCGCGGCCAAGUCUACCAACCAGCUGAUUUUAUUCCACGGGCAUAAUAAGCAACACAUGAAUAAUAUUUGAUAACAUGAGAAGGACAACAACAUUACUACAUUAAUCUCUCUCUCUCUUUAGAUUUGUGUGAUUGCUUGCUUUGGUUAUGGCUUUGUAAAUAAAUAAUGCCAGUCACCGCA